UAUUCCUACCAACAACUGCAAAUUCCGCCAAGAGCUUUCGUCACUACAUAUCGCCUCCAUAAUUCGAACAACCUACUCGAGUGCAAGGCCCACUGACUACCAGCGAACCAAUCCAUCCUAAUUCAGUAUACACGAAGAACAACAAAAAAACUAUGGAAGUAAUAUGGGACUCCGAAAGAUUCUCCGUAGACCUCCCCGUUAGCAGUUUCACCCUGGGGAGCUUCAAGCGUUACCUGGCAUCACGAACGGGAGUCCCAGCGGAACAUAUGAAACUCUUCUGCAAUGCAGGCCUCAUGAAAGAUGACAGUGCACCCCUGAGUGCAUUUCAACCGGAAGUUGAUAGUCCCUUGGAUCCCGGCGCCCAAUCGAGCAGUCCUCUCACUCGCAGCAGGCUAUGGAGUGGCAUAUUCUCUGGGACCAAGAAACGUCAGAUAUCCCCAAUGCGGAUCAGAAUGGUUGGAGCCAAAGAAACGAGGAGCAUCGUCUCCGACCGUCCGGAUCUCAAACCCACCACAGCCCCAUCGAACCAGAAUCUUAAACCACAAGCCGGAUCGAAUCCGGAAAUCAUGAAUGAAUCUCGAAUAAUCUCCCUGAUAAAUGAGUUGACUCAAAAAGCACUCAGUGAUAAUCUACCCCGAGUCGAGCGAUAUGAAGGCAUGAUUCCGACGGAACGAGGUUCGGAUGAAGUCCCUGUUGAUCGACCCCUGAAUCCGCAGAAUACACAGCCAGUCCAGGCCCAAUGGGAUCCAACAGAGUUUGCUGGUGUCUCGGAAGUGCUCCUGCAGGCGUUGCUCAAGCUGGAUGGAUUUGAGAUUGAAAGCGAGUGGACGGAAGCCAGGAUGGCCCGUAAAGAGGGAGUUCGGGCUGUUCAAAAGCUCUUGGAUCGACUGGAUCGGGUGAAAGGUGCCACUGGUCCCCAAAGGUAACCGUGAAGAGGAUAUCAAAAGCGGGACGUCUUCGUUCAUCUUCGUAUCAAUUUCUGAAUCGUCAAUUCCAUAGCAUCAAUCAACUUUUCCAGAAAACGCUUCCUCCGAAAAAAAUCUAACCGCAGAAACGCAGCCAGCCAAAUCCCGUGUGAAUUGUCCUGCCAUAUCUGUGCAUGAUUUUUCACAAGAAAUACUGAAGCUAUCAGUAAUAAAGCCCAGAUUUUGUGGAUCCAUUCAAUUGAUAUAUCUCAAAAUAAAUUCUGUUGUUAUUGGAUGUUUGAUAUAUGUAUCCGGAACGAUGUUAUCAUAAGAGCCUUCUAUCUCAGAUCACGAGGAAAUUAAUUUGGAGAAUUUUAGUGGUACCCAUUAUAGUCUGGCACAGUCAUUUCAACCUAUCAUAGAAAUUUCAGUCAUAUACUACACAGCACUUCUUGUACGACUUUCCCCUCCCCUUUUUUAAGUCAAUUACCUCCUUAAGUUACUCAGCCGCUUCCACACUCCAGCAUCCUCAUUUCUUCCUCGUUGUACUGAUCUACUAUUGUCUCAACAAUUAUAUUUUAAACGCACAAGUUGCUCGUUUAAAAUACUCCGUAUCACUCUGAUCAUCUUCCAAGUGGAUUGUUGUAAACUCAGAAAGUUCAUGCUUUGCUGCCGCAAACCGCAAGUAUUACUCCUGAUUCAA